AUGUCCUCUACUGUAAGAAUAUUAAUACCAAUUUUACCACUAGAUUCCAAAGAAAUCUUUUUCAAAGGAUAUGUUACUUCUUCUAAUGAUAAUAAUGCAACUAUUUACAUAACGAAAUAUGCUAAUGGUGAUAAUGUGUGGUCUGCGAAACAACGAGAAAACGAAAUAUAUGGAUAUUGCGGUAAAUACAUGCCGAAAAAAAUUGCAAGUAGAUUUUCAAAUUUUCUCGACAUAGAGCAAAAUACAACACUGAAAAUCCACAAAUUACAAUUACAUGGAAAGCAAGUCACCACUACUACUAGUUGUAUUCUUAUGUUGUACGAUUAUAACAGUAUUAAAGACUCCCAAGCAAUAACUGAUUCAAAAAAUAGUUAUUUUACAAAAUUAGUGAAGUUAAUACAAGAAGAACAUGGUUUAGUAGUUGAUAAGAAUGAUACAAAUUUUAGUAACCAGCAAUGGCUAGCUUCUUCCAUGUUUCUGCAACAUGUUUGUAAUUAUUGGAGAUUAAUUAAAUGGCUAAUAUCAACUCUCCGAAGAGAUAAAAAAGUGGCUGUGAAACAAGGUAAUUUAAUUCUAGCUAUAGCUAUGGACAUUAUGUUGGGAUACAUUGCCCUGCAAUGGCUAUCACAAGACAAAAGAGAUAUUAGCAUAGGACUCAUGGGAGUUUUAGAGAAAUUAAUUAAUUCUCUUUACUCUCUACUAAAAUGGCUUAUGGGUGCUCCAGUGGGAUUGAAACUAAAUAAUGCAUUCAAUAAAAUGUUGGGAAAAUAUUUUUCUUAUCAUGUACAGCUAUGGUGGUUGUUUCUAGAUGUGUCUGGAGAGAAACUGUAUAUUAUACUAGGCUUAUACCACUACAUAGGAUAUUUAGGUUUCACAUUUCAAACUGCUAUAGUAUCUGACCUAAUAUGUAUUGCCACAUUUCAUUCAUAUUGCAUUUAUGUGUAUGCAGCUAGGCUAUUUAAUAUACAGAUAUCUGGACUAAUUGCAUUACUCAGGCUGUUUGUUGGAAGAAAGUACAAUCCACUACGAGGUGGCAUUGACUCCUGUGAAUACACAAACCAGGAACUUUUCGUAGGCACUGUGGCAUUUACUAUAUUGUUACUAUUAUUGCCUACCACAACACUUUAUUACAUAGUAUUUACCAUGUUUCGAGUGUUAUCUCUCAUUGUGCAGCAUUUAUUAGCUAAAAUAAUCUAUGCAAUACAGACAUCACCACUCUAUGUAGUAACCCUAUGGGUGACUAAUUCUCCAAAAGUAAUAGGUAAAAUUCUCAUAGAAGUAAUAAACCAAGCAGAGAAUUCUCCUUUGGUACUCCGAAUACAAUUACUCAAAAAAUCGAUUCCAGAAUUGUUAAAAAUAUUCAAACCACCGGUCGAUAUUCUUAACAAAGUCGAAUGGGGCAACCUACUCUCUAAUGUGCUUGUUGGGAAACAAAUUGUUUGA